CCUGCCGGCCCCGCCGAGCCCUCCCAAGCUCAGCCCCCGGCAAUGAGCAGCGCUCUCUCCUCGCCUUCCUGCAAGGGCUCAACUCCACUUUCAGCGCCUCCAGACUUUCUCUGCCUGUGCCGUGCCCUCCCUCUGGUCCAGCUCCUCCUGUGCCUGCCUCUCUGUGUCGGCGCUACCCCGUUAAAAGGCUGCUGCUCCCGCUCCGCUGAACCAGAGCUCUGCCUGCCUUGAUCGGGAUGAAGGCUGGAGGUUACCGGCGAGGGAAAGGAGAACUCUAGGCAGCUUUCCAUUUGCCAAGUGAGCAGUAAUUGCAAGAAGACAGCCUCCCCAGCUGGAAUCAAUAGUCUGCUUUCUUGCUGCUAAGGGCACUUUGGAGCAGCAGUAGGUCACUGAAGUAACUUCAGCACACACUGCUGACUGCGGAGUUGUAAAGAACUACAUGCAAGUGGCUGCAGUAGUGCUGGAAAACGCUUUGCUGUUACCAGGGACACAAUAGUUUUCAAGUCAUUAGAGCUUCGAUUCUGCUCCGCUCCUUCCAUUACACAGAGAGGGUCAUUCUUUGCAGGAAUGAGGAUGGAGCUGUGAAUUUUUCUUUGCCGGUGUUCCAGUGUCCCCUUCCAGUGGAAGGGGGUAAGAGUGGGGGGAAAGAAGCUUUUAGAAACAAACCCCCACUGCUGCUGAACUCAGCUUCACCUGAAUUUCCCCAAACCUUUCCAGGCACAGAGAGGCACAAUGCCAGAGAACCUGAAUCUUCUUCGGGCUUUUGGGGGCUUUUUCUUUAUCUUCUGGACAGCUUUUAACACAGCCUUAGUGGAUGUGGUUGGAUCGGAGCAGCAGAUCCCCUUGUCAGUUGUAAAGCUCUGGGCCUCAGCCUUUGGUGGAGAGAUCAAAUCUAUUGCAGCCAAAUACUCAGGUUCCCAGCUCCUACAGAAGAAAUACAAAGAAUAUGAGAAGGAUGUUGCAAUAGAAGAAAUUGAUGGCCUUCAGCUUGUGAAAAAGUUAGCAAAGAAUAUGGAAGAAAUGUUUCAUAAGAAGUCUGAAGCCGUACGGCGUCUUGUUGAAGCUGCAGAAGAUGCUUACCUGAAGCAUGAAUUUGAUGCUGACUUACAGUAUGAGUACUUCAAUGCUGUGCUCAUAAAUGAACGAGAUGAGGAAGGGAACUAUCUGGAGCUGGGGAAGGAGUUCAUCCUGGUGCCAAACGACCACUUCAACAACUUGCCUGUGAACAUCAGCCUGAGUGAUGUCCAAGUACCCACCAACAUGUACAACAAGGAUCCAGCCAUUGUAAAUGGAGUUUAUUGGUCAGAAUCUUUAAAUAAGGUGUUUGUUGAUAACUUUGAUCGUGACCCUUCUCUCAUCUGGCAGUACUUUGGAAGUGCAAAAGGAUUUUUCAGGCAAUAUCCAGGAAUUAAAUGGGAACCUGAUGAGAAUGGAGUCAUUGCAUUUGACUGCAGAAACAGAAAGUGGUACAUCCAGGCAGCAACUUCUCCAAAAGAUGUGGUAAUUUUAGUGGAUGUCAGUGGCAGUAUGAAAGGGCUUCGCCUGACUAUUGCCAAACAGACAGUUUCAUCUAUUUUGGAUACCCUUGGAGAUGAUGACUUCUUCAAUAUAAUUGCUUAUAAUGAAGAACUCCACUAUGUAGAGCCGUGCCUGAAUGGAACAUUAGUUCAAGCAGACAGAGCCAACAAAGAGCACUUCAGGGAACACCUUGACAAACUUUUUGCAAAAGGAAUUGGAAUGCUGGACAUUGCUUUAAAUGAAGCUUUCAACAUGCUCAAUGAAUUCAAUCACACAGGACAAGGAAGCAUUUGCAGCCAGGCCAUAAUGCUGAUCACUGAUGGAGCUGUGGACACAUAUGAUACCAUAUUUGCAAAAUACAACUGGCCAGACAGAAAAGUCCGUAUUUUUACCUAUCUGAUUGGAAGAGAAGCUGCAUUUGCUGAUAACCUGAAGUGGAUGGCCUGUGCUAACAAAGGGUUUUUCACUCAGAUCUCUACCCUGGCUGAUGUGCAGGAGAACGUUAUGGAAUAUCUCCAUGUCCUCAGCCGCCCAAAGGUCAUUGACCAGGAGCACGACGUCGUGUGGACUGAAGCAUACAUUGACAGCACUCUCCCUCAGGCACAAAAGCUUGCUGAUGAUCAGGGAUUGGUGUUGAUGACAACUGUUGCCAUGCCAGUAUUUAGUAAGCAAAAUGAGACUAGGUCUAAAGGGAUUCUCCUGGGAGUAGUUGGCACAGAUGUUCCAGUUAAAGAGCUUUUGAAAACUAUUCCAAAAUACAAGUUAGGAAUUCAUGGAUAUGCUUUUGCAAUUACAAACAACGGAUACAUUUUGACUCACCCAGAACUCAGGCCUUUGUAUGAAGAGGGGAAGAAACGAAGAAAGCCCAACUACAGCAGUGUGGAUCUUUCUGAGGUGGAGUGGGAAGACAGAGAUGAUGUGCUUCGAAAUGCAAUGGUGAAUCGGAAAACAGGAAAAUUCUCCAUGGAAGUGAAGAAGACAGUGGACAAAGGGAAGCGGGUCCUGGUGAUGACAAAUGACUACUAUUAUACAGACAUCAAGGGUACUCCAUUCAGUUUAGGUGUGGCUCUCUCUAGAGGACAUGGAAAAUACUUCUUCAGAGGGAAUGUAACUGUAGAAGAAGGUUUACAUGAUUUAGAACACCCUGAUGUAUCUUUAGCAGACGAAUGGUCCUACUGCAACACUGACCUGCACCCUGAGCACCGGCAGAUGACUCAGUUGGAAGCGAUCAAACGCUACCUCACAGGGAAGGAGCCCCUGCUCCAAUGUGAUAAAGAAUUGAUCCAGGAAGUUUUGUUUGAUGCUGUUGUGAGUGCACCAAUUGAAGCUUAUUGGACCAGUCUAGCAUUGAAUAAAUCAGAGAACUCUGACAAGGGGGUGGAAGUUGCCUUCCUUGGGACACGCACUGGGCUCUCUCGGAUCAACCUGUUUGUGGGGCCAGAGCAGCUGACCAACCAAGACUUCCUGACAUCUGAAGAUAAGGAGAACAUUUUUAACGCUGAUCAUUUUCCACUCUGGUACAGAAGAGCUGCUGAACAAAUACCUGGGAGCUUUGUCUACUCAAUCCCAUUCAGCACAGAAACUUCCAACAAGAGCAAUGUGGUGACAGCCAGUACUGCUAUUCAGCUUCUGGAUGACAGGAAAUCCCCAGUGGUUGCAGCUGUAGGUAUCCAGAUGAAACUUGAAUUUUUCCAGCGAAAAUUUUGGACUGCAAGCAGACAGUGUGCAUCUCUUGAUGGCAGAUGUGCUAUAAGUUGUGAUGAUGAAACAAUCAACUGUUACCUAAUAGAUAACAAUGGAUUUAUUUUAGUGUCUGAAGACUAUCAACAGACUGGUUACUUUUUUGGGGAGGUUGAAGGGGCUGUGAUGAACAAGUUACUAUCAAUGGGCUCUUUUAAGAGAAUUACCCUUUAUGACUACCAGGCCAUGUGUAGGACAAACAAAGAGAGUAGCGACAGUGCCCAUAGCUUACUGGACCCUUAUAAUGCCUUCUUUGCUGCAGUAAAGUGGAUUAUGACUGAACUUGUCUUGUUCCUUGUGGAAUUUAAUCUAUGCAGUUGGUGGCACUCUGAUCUAACAGCUAAAGCUCAGAGGUUGAAGCAGACCCUGGAGCCCUGUGACACAGAGUACCCAGCCUUUGUUUCCGAGCGCACCAUAAAGGAGACCACGGGGAACAUUGCUUGCGAUGACUGUUUCAAGUCUUUUGUUAUCCAGCAGAUCCCAAGUAGCAACCUCUUCAUGGUGGUAGUAGAUAAUGAAUGCUUCUGUGAUUCUAUCCCACCAAUUACCAUGGCACCUAUAGAAAUAAGAUAUAAUGAAUCCCUUAAAUGUGAACGGUUGAAAUCUCAGAAGAUAAGAAGACGCCCAGAAUCUUGUCAUGGAUUUCAUCCUGAAGAAAACGCAAGAGAAUGUGGCGGUGUCUCAGGCCUUAGUGCUAAACCUUCUCUUGUUCUUCUUCCUCUGCUAUUGAUGAUUUUCUCCAGGUGACAUUGACUGAUGUGUUCAACUGGCAUGCUAAAACAUGGAUAAACUGUGAACUGGGAAAUGGUGCAACAUAGAGGACAUGAAAUAUAGUCAGAGCAUCAGCAUUUCAUGAUUUUAAACUGUUGGUGAUAUAAAUUCUUAAAGAUAUGUUGAAAAAAGAUUUAUCUUUUUACUUUGCAAGUCGUGCAGAUGUGAAUUUGGCAUAUGGCAGUCAUGAUUCAUCAAAAAAGGACUUGGUAGAUAGAGGUGACCAUUGCUUUGUCCCACUGAAUACAAUUUAAACUGUGUACUUUUUUCAAUAAAGUAUAUUAAAAUCACAGUUUCAGAGUGUAUUUUAAGUAUGCUAAUAUAUUUGUUCAAAUAAUGAAUGAUGGGAAGAAAAUAAAAUAAAUGGAUGAUAUUUUA